AUGUCAGACUCUACCCUCUCCCACUCCCCGUCUCAGGACGGGCCUCUUACACAAGCGCCAAACUUCACCUCAUUUCCCCCGAUGUUCGUCCUACCCACUCAUCUCACCCUGGAUGAAUUACAUCGGGUAGAAGAUGUUCUGGGCAACCGGGGCGCGAGACUUACAUAUGAUAUCUGUGAGGCUAGGUUGGUGAUAGGGAAUGUAGGGCAGAAGAAGAGGGCUGCGUUGGAGUUGAGGGCUAGAGGGGUUUGGACGGAGGAGCUUGUUUCUGAAGAGGGCGAGAUUGAGGGAGACGGGGAGCCGCCGGUUAAGAGGAGGCGUGUCAGUGUUCGUGAAGAGAAAGCUGAUGGACAAGCUGUUGAGCAGUUGCAAGAUGUAGAUGUGAGUACUGAGUCUGAAGGGGAGGAGGGUGGGGUAGAGAGCCAGCAUAAUCCUGGGAAGCAGUUACGGAAGAGGUCGCUAUCUGCUGCUUCGACUUCAACCACUGGCUCGGAGCAGACAAAUGUGAUCAGAGUCGUCAAGCUACAAUGGCUCGAAAAGUCAAUGGAAGCCGAAGAACUCCUCCCCAUCGAUCCAUACAUUGUCUACCGAGCCCGCAUAAUUGACCCUCCUACCACAGCGAAACCAACAACCACAGCAUCCGACAUAAUGCAACGAGCCCAAAAAGAUGCCCUAUUCAAACCCCCAGCAACAUCAGCCUCACACUUUCACACCCGCCGCCAAAACCCUGCCCAACCCGACGGCGGCAGCCAAGCCCAUCCCAUCCCAAAACUAUACCGUCAAACAACCUCCGAACACGACGAGAUCAUCCCCCUCCUCCCAGUCCCAGACUGGGUCAAGAACCGCGUCAUGUACGCCUGCAUGCGCUCCGCACCACUCCACCCGCCAAACGAAAGCUUCAUCAACCAACUCGUCAAAAUCCGCAAAGCCCGCGAACUAACACUCGACGAAAUUGGUGUCCGCGCAUACAGCACCUCUAUCGCAGCAAUCGCCGCAUACCCCUACCAAUUCCACCGCCCCUCGCAAAUCCUCCAACUCCCAGGCUGCGACGCCAAAAUCGCAAACCUCUUCGCUGAAUCCCAAGCCAGCGACACCGGAACCUGUCAAUCCGCAGAUCUCCUAGAAACAGACCCAGACCUCAAGAUUCUAUCCCUAUUCAACAACAUCUGGGGCGUCGGUGCCAAAACCGCCCGCGACUUCUACUACGCCCGCCAAUGGCGCGAUCUCGACGACAUAGUCGAAUACGGCUGGUCAACUCUUUCGCGCGUGCAGCAAAUCGGCGUAAAAUACUACGAUGAGUUCCUAGAAGGCGUGCCGCGGUCUGAAACUGAACACAUCGCAUCCACAAUCCAGCGUCACGCGAACCUCGUCCGCCCAGACGCAGACUACGAUGGCCGCGGCGUCGAAUGUAUCAUCGUGGGCGGGUAUCGGCGUGGGAAAGCUGUUAGCGGAGAUGUGGAUAUUGUACUGAGCCAUCGCGAUGAAUCUGUGACUAAGAACCUUGUCGUCGAUUUGGUGAGUAGUCUCGAGAGCGAGGGUUGGAUCACACAUACUCUGGCAUUGCAUAUGACAACGUCAAAUCGAGACCAACAAACCCUGCCCUACCGCGGCGACGAUAACUUCCCAGGCCGCCAUUUUGAUACCCUCGAUAAAGCCCUCGUCGUUUGGCAGGAUCCUCACUUCUCUGGCCCCGACCUUAACACUCAGUCAGAAGCAGCCCACAAAAAGAAACGAAACCCCAACACUCACCGCCGCGUCGACAUCAUCAUCUCCCCCUGGCGCACCGUCGGGUGCGCAGUACUGGGCUGGUCUGGGGAUACGACAUUUGAGCGGGAUCUACGGCGAUAUGCAAAGAAGGCGCAUGGGUGGAAGUUUGAUUCUAGUGGUGUCCGGUUACGGACGAGUGGGGGGCAGGUAUUGGAUUUGGAGAGGGGUGGAAGGACUUGGGAGGAGAGGGAGAGGCUGGUUAUGGAGGGUUUGGGGGUGGGAUAUAGGGCGGCUGAUGAACGGUGUUCGAGAUAG